UGUAGAGUUUGUUGCGACGUUGGGCUUGGGUAAUGGAUGGAGCAGUCCAGCCAUCAUGAUGCGCACGCCGCACCACAGCUCUCAUCCCAACUGAGCUUGUUGCGCAACGAACUCGACGACACGACGCGCCAACUCCAAUACUACUCCAGCCAAGGCGACAACGACUACAUGGCGCCGGUCGUGGUCGAACUGACGCAGCUCCGCGACCUGCUCCAAGCCCGGAUCCGAGACGCCGAGACUGAUGAGCUUGUUGCGCUUGGCUGCCGCGUCGACUCUGAUCUGCAUCGAGGCGCGAGUGACGAUGAGGCCGGUCCGGACGUUGGCGGAAUUGGCGGUGCUCAUGCUGCCGAGCUGGUUGGACCUGGGCAGCGGUGCCGGGCACCGUUCGCCAACCGCGAUGGCUCAGUCUCGUAUCACGACGCCGUCAUCUUCAGUGGCGGAGACGACGAGCGCCAGGACUCGCCGCUGCUGUCGACAGCAACGUCGUCAAGACUGGAAUUGGGCGCGAGUCCAGCUUCACCACCACACGUCCCAAGUCGCGCGUGGGUGCUGUUCGCAACGCCAACAACAGAGGCAAUGCUGACAUGUGCCGCGUGGCUCGAGACCGGCAAGUGUCCUGAUCUCGCGAGCUGUCUGCAUGGACACGGUUUCGAAGUCGAAACGAGCUUGCUUCGUCCGUACCGUCCUGCCGACCCCAAAGCCAUCACCACCCUGGAGCGUGACUCUGAGUGCCUCGUGUGUCCUGUUGAGGGAGGCCUGUGGCACAAGGGCGUGAUUCUUCAGGUUGACGCAGGUUUAAACCGGAGCGCCGCACGACGACCAAACGACGACCAAAGCGCUCCGACAACAACCGUCUUGGUGCGUCUCGUUGCGGCAAACUCGGUUGUCUCUGUCAGAGCAAACCAAGUCCUUCCCGCCCAGCCAUCGUCAGGCGAGACCGAAUCGCAGGUCUCAGGUCAACUUGAACCCGCGCGUGGAAAUCCAGAGAACGUCACCACCACUCUCGCGGCGAGCACCGUUGGAGAUUGGGAGCGCUUCACCAACGCUAUCGGAUCUCGAUUGCUGAUGAAAAUGGGAUGGAAACCCGGCGAGGGCAUUGGCGCUCAGCGUCAAGGAAGAGCCGCACCGAUCGUUGUCAAUGUUCUGCCGCCUGGGAAGAGCCUCGAUGUCUGCAUGGCCCUCCGCGAGCAGCGCAAGCUGCCGACUGUCGACUCUUUGCCUGCCGAGCCAAUCGACGGGCCAAGCGACGCGUCGACUUCUACCGGAUUGCCGUUGCUUGGAGCCAACGUGUCUGCCAGAUACAUGGCCCUCUCUCGCGAUCAGAGGAUCAUGGUGCAGCAAGAGCGGCACCGCGUUCAAGCCAAGGCGGCCGUCCGCAAGGCCAAGCAAGACAAUGCCGAAAAGCGGCGGCGGGAGCAGCUCAUUCGUUCUGAAAUGGGCAUGUUUGGCGUUCUCGGCUCCUCCGUCUCUUCUGCCCUUGGCAUUGCCUCGACUCCUCUCCCAACCGCAGCAUCGCUUGCAAAUUCAUCAUCGGCAAAGCGCAAAUAUUUCUAAAUUGUUGUAUUUCUCAUUCAAUAUUUAUUGUACAGAAAAGGGAGGUUUUGUUCAAAUCAAGAUUGUUUCAGAAACG